UCCUUGAACGCGAUCAUGGCACAGCUCCGAUUCUUUUUUAAAGUGACAUUACGAUCUCAGCUGAUCCGUGCUUGACUCGCGUGUUCGAUAAUACACGUAGAUUAUUGCUGGUAAAUACUGGAAUGUUAUCUGGGUUAUCACCCGAUAGUACUUAGAAGGUCCCUAUGGCGAUAACACGGGUGAUAAUGUCUGCGAUAAAUGUGAAGACGCUUACUCGUCAAAACGUCCAGAGGUUUUUGAAUUCGUUUGACACCGUCUUGACGGACUGCGACGGCGUGCUAUGGAUGCAUAUGACACCUCUGCCACAUUCGGCGGACGUCGUCAACCUGUUUCACAGGCUCGGCAAGCAAGUUUUCUACGUGACGAACAACAGCACAAAGACUCGCGAUGACUUGGUAGAAAAGUGCAGGACACUUAAGUUUGAAGCAACCAAAGACGACAUCGUAUGCACCGCUCAUCUGUCAGCAUGUUAUCUGCAAAGUUUAAAUUUUCGCAAGAAGGUCUAUGUUAUUGGUUCCGAAGCAAUUGCGAAAGAAUUGGAGCAGACUGGUAUCUCGUAUUGCGGAAUAGGGCCAGACCCAAUUAAUCAUAAUAUUCCGUAUUCCGUUUUCGAGAAAGAUCCUGAAGUAGCUGCUGUUAUAGUCGGAUUCGAUGAACACUUCAGCUAUCCUAAAAUGGUAAAAGCAGCUACAUAUCUAAACGACGUCAAUGUACAUUUUAUUGGUACUAAUACAGAUGAAAGAUUUCCGGUUUCAAAUGACGUUGUGAUACCUGGUACGGGAAGUCUAGUCAGAUGUAUAGAAAGUUGCUCAGAGAGGAAAGCAGUAAUUAUGGGCAAACCAGACAAAUACAUGGCUAAGAUGUUGAUGGAACGAUCUAACAUCAAUCCCCAGCGUACUUUGAUGAUCGGAGACCGGUGUAACACAGAUAUACUCUUUGGAUCUCACUGCGGUUUUACGACUCUAUUAGUCUUAACGGGAGUAACUGCAUUAUUAGACGUUGAAAGAUGGAAGCAAUCUGAACGACAAGAAGAACGGGAUCUAGUACCGAAUUAUUACAUAGACGCGCUUGGUGAUUUAUUACCGUAUUUAAAAGAACUGGAAACUGAAAUAUCGUAAACUCGUAAAAUUUAGCAAUGAAGAACAAAAGUAUGUCUGCCGUAGCACUUUACUAAAAAUAUAGUAAUAAUGUAACUUUAGGGAAUACGCUGCAAACCUAUAUACAUAUAAAUAUUUAUCUCAUGCAC